AUGCCUUAGCCUCUCGUUUGGACAUAAUUAAAAUAAACUGGUACAACAUAGCCAACCGCUAGAUCUGGUCAUACCAUCAUAACUGUAGGUAAGACUCAUAUCAUGUUCGGUGGUUUAGACAAUGACAAGAAUAACUACAAGGACGGUAAAAUAGCUCCCAAUAACUAAGUAUUUACCUUGAAGUUAACUUAAAAUAACUGCGAAUGGCGUUAAAUUGCAUGCUAAGGUGAUGUACCUUUGCCCAGAUGUUAUCAUGCAUCUUGCGCUAUUUCGGCUGAUAAAAUGUUAGUUUUUGGUGGUAGUUACACUUCUAAUUUGCGUUUUAAUGACACAUACAUCCUCAAGACAACUUCAUAUUAAUGGAGUAAGCCUGCUAACUAAAUUAGCGGAGGAGAACCAAAAAAUGCUGAAUCAAAAAUUGGUGCACCUUAGCCUAGAUAUGGUCAUAGUGCAACUUUCUUUGAAGGAAAGGUUUAUAUUUUUGGUGGACAUGGUGGUAUUAAUUAUUAAAGACUUGCUUUUAAUGACUUAUAUGUUCUAGAAACUGAAAACUUUGAAUGGACUAGACUUGAACCUAAGGGUAAUCCUCCUGAUCCAAGAGGUGGUCACUCUGCUGCUAUGAUGGCUAACAAGCCUUAGUUAAUGAUUUUCGGUGGUUGGAGUUUUACUUCAUAAUAUUCAAAUAUUAUGAUUUAUGAUAUUGAAAAAGAUGAAUGGGUUGAUCCCGAAAUUGCUCAUGAAAUUCCUAAAUGGAAUCUUUCAGGUAUCAUGGCUCCCUCCAUUCCUUCAUGGAAGUAUUUUAUCUUCGGUGGUAGCGUUGGUUCAUUUGAAGAAGGUGGUAAUAGAACUAAUUCUCGUUUUGUUGAUGACUCUUUUGUUUUAGAUAUAGACACUCUCAGCUGGAGUUCCAUUAAUUUGGAAGCUGAUGAAACUUCAAAAGCUGUCUGCAAACCAAGACCAAGAGAAAGUGCUUCUAUUUUCUAUGAUUCUGGAGAAUCUAGAGCUAUAGUUUUCGGUGGUUGGGCCAACAACUGGUUGAAUGACUUAUGGGCUUUGAAUGUUUCAACAAUUACUGGUCCUCCUUAUGCUAUUUUCAGUAUUAAGCCAGCUUUAGGACCACUCACUGGUAAAACUAAAGUUCUUAUUGAAGGUGAUGGCUUUAAGGAUACUUAAAAUAUUUCAGUUAAAUUUUCAGGCGGUAAGUUAGAAAAGGAAGUUAAUGGUACUUUUGUUAAUGAGAAAGAAAUUUCUUGUGAAACUCCUACCUUCGACUAUCCAAGAUCUGUAGAAGUAACUGUUUGCAUGAACAAGGGUGAUUAUACUAUCACAAAGAGUGCUUUUACUUAUUAUUUGAAUACAAAGGCUGACAAAACUAUUGCUUAUGGUCCUGGUCUUCUUACAGAGAACUUAAUUGGUGUUCAAACAACUAUUGUCAUCUAGGCUCGUAAUAAGAAUGAUUAAAAUCGUGAAUCUGGCUCUGAUGAAUUUGUUGUUACUAUUCGCAAUCCUGCUAAAAUUAAAAAGGAAGAAGAAGUUAAAGAAGGUGAUAAGGCAAAUACUAAAAACACUAUCAAGGAAGAUGAAGAAGAAGAAGGUGAAGAUGAAGAAGAAAAUAAAAAAAAGAAAGAAGCUGAAAAGGCUGCUGCUGAAAAAGCUGCUGCAGAAAAAGCUGCUGAAGAAGAGCAAGGUGAAGCUGUAGAUCCAUCUCUUGUUCCCUUCAAUAUAGUUGAUAAUGAUGAUGGUUCUUACUUCAUACAAUUUACUAGUGAAGAGGAAGCUGUUUUAGAAAUUGAUAUUAAAUUCAAGGAUGAGAAUAAUGAACUUCAUUCUAUCAGAGGUAAUCCUUUCAGAUGUGGAUUCGUCAAAGGAUCUAAGCCUAACAAUAAUGACUUGACUGGUUCUGCUGUCAUGAAUUAUAUCUCUAAGUAACUCAAAGACAUCUAAGAAUUUAUUGAAAACACCAAAGAAAAUAUUGAAAUCAGAAAUAAGAAUAUUAGAGAAAAUGUUUCUGAGCUUAUCAACGUUAUGAUUAAUUUGGAAAAAGUUCGUGUAAAGAAUGACGAUGAUGUCCUUACUCUUGAUACAGUUGAAGAAAUGCUCAAUUUCCUAAAGAAAAAAGAUUUUGGUAAGGAUUCUGAUAUCAAAAAAUGUAAGAAAUUACAAGAAGAAUGGAAAAAUCUUGCUAAAAUGGCUCAAGCAGUCAAAAAAGAUAUCCAAAAUCCAGUUAAAACUGAAUCAGAUAAAACAAAGGAAAAUAUUAAGAAAUUCGAAGAAAUUACCCUUAAAGAAUAUGCUAACAGCUUAAAGAAAGAAAGUUUCUUCAUCUAUAAGACUGGAGUUUCAGAGUCUUUUAAGAGAAUUGGUGAAGUUAAGUAAAAGGUUGACGAAUUCGAAGUUCAACUCAACCAAUAUGAAGAUUUCGCCCGUAUGUUUGAAUUCCCUGAUGCAGUUAUCGGAAGCAAGAAAUUGAUGGAAUAAAUCCGUACUGAUGUCAGCUCUGUUGAAAAGUUGUGGGUCAGAAUUGAAAUUUCUGAAAAAACCAUGGAUGAAUAUAAAAAAAUGAAGUGGGGCUCAAUCAACUCUAUGGAUAUGGAAGAUGAAAUCAAAAAGCUCAGAAAAGCGCUUACAGAUUUGCGUGGUAUCGAUAAGAGAUCUAAUGCAUUUAUUGGAAUAACUGAAGAACUUAAGAAGUGGGCCACUUUCUUACCUCUUCUCGGUGAACUUAAAGAUCCUUCUAUGAACUCAGAAGAUGGCCGUCACUGGAAAAAGCUUAAGGACUUAGUUAAGAAGGAAUUCGAUGUCAGCUAAGAACUUAUGCUUGAAAUCAUUUGGGAUUUGAAAUUGUUCGAUUAUAAAGAUGGUAUUGAAGAAAUUACUGAUUAAGCUAAGCAAGAAUUAAAAAUGGAAAAAGCAUUAAAGAAGAUUAUUGAUUUCUGGAGAGAUAUUGAAUUUGAACUUGUUCAACAUAAGAACACCGAUAUUCACACUUUGAAGAUGAGCGAAGAAAACUUUGAAACUUUAGAAGACCAUCAAUUACAAAUUAACAAUAUGCUUUUAAGUAAGUAUGUAGCUUACUUCGAAAAGGAAGUUGAAAAAUGGAAGUAUGAUUUGGGUAGCGUUUAUGAUGUUGUUUAAUUAUUACUUGAAGUCUAAAAGACAUGGUCUUUCUUAGAAAAUCUAUUCAUCUAAUCAGAAGAAGUUAAGCGUGAAUUACCUAAUGAAUCAGCUCAAUUUGUUGGUAUUGAUAAAGAUAUGAAAGAAAUUAUGCAAAAGGGUUGUGAUAUCAAGAAUUGUUUAAAGUUCUGUACAAUUGAAGGUAUGCUUAAGAGAUUAGAAAAUAUUCAAGCCCAAUUGAAAGUUUGCGAAAAGGCUUUAAAUGAAUUCUUGGAUAGCAAGCGUCGUGCUUUCCCUCGUUUCUACUUCGUUUCAGUUAAUGACUUGUUAGAUAUUUUAUCUAAUGGUAAUUCUCCUGCCAAGAUUAAUCGUCACAUGAGUAAAAUCUUCUAAGCUAUUGAUAAUUUGUAAUUAAAGGAAGACAGCUCUGGUGGUCGUCCAACUGCUUUAAAGAUGAUUUCUUGUGUUGGUACUGAAGAAGUUGAUUUCUCAUCACCCCGUUUACUAUAGGGUAAGGUAGAAAGCUAUCUCAAGGAUGUUAUUGACACCAUGAUUGGAACUCUUAAGUCAGUUGCCAACUCCUCUUUCAAGAAUUUCUAAUCCAUGACUCGUAAGGAAUGGUUGAAGUCAGAUCCUUCAUAAAUUACUUUAUUGGUCAACAACAUCAUAUGGUCAAAGGCUGUUGAAGAUUGUUUCUUAAAGCUCUAGAGCGGUGAUAUCAAUGCAAUGAAGCUAUUUUUAGAUGAAUCUAUCAAAUAAUUAACUGAGCUUAUUGGUAUGGUCUAAGGUGACUUGUCAAAGCCCCUUCGUCAAAAGAUUAUGUGUUUAAUCACUAUUGAUACCCACUCUCGUGAUGUCGUUCAUCGUUUGAUAAAUGAGCAUGUCCGUAAGGCUGAAGAAUUUUAAUGGUAAUCAUAACUUAAAUUUUAUUGGGUUGAUAAUGAUGCUAAGAUUAAGAUUGCUGAUGCUCGUUUUGUUUACAAUUAUGAAUAUCUUGGUAAUGGUCCACGUUUGGUUAUUACUCCUUUGACAGAUCGUAUUUAUGUCACAGCCACUUAGGCUCUUCACUUAAAGAUGGGUUGCGCUCCUGCUGGUCCUGCAGGUACUGGUAAGACAGAAACUACUAAAGAUCUCGCUAAUGCACUUGCUAAGGCAUGUUAUGUAUUCAAUUGUUCAUCAGAAAUGAACUAUGAAUCUAUGGGUAAUAUUUAUAAAGGUCUCGCUUCUUCAGGAUGUUGGGGUUGUUUUGAUGAAUUCAAUAGAUUAUUACCAGAAGUGCUUUCUGUGUGCUCUGUUUAGUUCAAGGCUGUCACUGAUGCUAUUAAGCAAAAUGUUGAACGUUUUAUUAUCGAAGGUGAUGAAAUUUCUUUAGAUCCCACUUGUGGUGUCUUCAUUACAAUGAAUCCUGGUUAUUUAGGUCGUGCAGAAUUGCCUGAAGGUUUGAAGGCACUUUUCCGUCCUAUUACUGUCGUUGUUCCUGAUUUGGAAUUAAUUUGCGAAAAUAUGCUUAUGGCUGAAGGUUUUAUUGAAGCUAAAAUUCUUGCCAAAAAAUUCGUUACCCUUUAUAUGCUUUGCCGUGAUUUACUCUCUAAAUAACUUCACUAUGAUUGGGGUCUCCGUGCCAUUAAGUCUGUCUUGGUCGUCGCUGGUGGUUUCAAACGUUCUGAACCUGAAAUUGCUGAAUAAGCCUUGCUUAUGAGAGCUUUAAGAGAUUUCAAUAUUCCUAAAAUUGCUUUCUAAGAUUUGUAUGUCUUCCACGGCCUUUUAGGUGAUCUCUUCCCUGGUAUCAAUAUUAAGCCUAAGAAAGAUCUUGAUUUUGAAAAAAUUAUUACAGAUGUUUGCAUUGAAAAUAAGCUUGACCCUGAUCCAGAAUUUGUAUUGAAGGUUGUUUAGCUUAGUGAAUUACUUGCUAUUCGUCACUGUGUCUUCGUUAUGGGCCCUCCUGGAGCUGGUAAAUCUACUACUUGGAAGAUUCUUGCUAAGGCUUAAGAUAAGACCAACAAGAAGACUACUUUAAUUGAUAUUGAUCCUAAAGUCGUCUCAACAAAGGACUUUUAUGGAUAUAACUUACCUUCAAAAGAAUGGAAGGAUGGUUUAUUCUCAAAAAUGUUACGUUCAUUAGCUGAAUAGCCUGAUACCAAUCCUAAAUGGAUUUGCCUAGAUGGUGAUCUUGAUGCUAAUUGGAUCGAAUCUAUGAACUCUGUUAUGGAUGACAAUAAGAUUUUGACACUUGCCAAUAACGAGCGUAUUCCUCUUAAGCCUCACAUGAGAGCUCUUUUCGAAAUUCGUGAUUUACGUUUUGCCACUCCUGCUACUGUCUCUCGUGCUGGUAUUCUUUAUAUUUCUGAUGAAGUUGGAUACUAAUGGCGUUCAUAUGUUAAAUCUUGGAUUAAGUAAGAAUUUAGCUAAGAUUAGGAAAUGUCCAAGAACCUUGAUACUCUUUUUGGCAAAUAUGUUCCUGAUACUCUUGACCACAUUAAAAAACACUGCAGAUUCUUAGUUCCAGUCUCACCUAUCUCCUAAGUCAUUUCAAUUUGUAAGUCUCUUCAAACUUUACUUAAAGGAGAUGUUAAAAAUCUUGAAUAUCUUUUUGUAUAUGCUCUUAUUUGGGCUAUUGGUGGUGCUCUUGCUGAAAAGGAUUCUAUUGAUUAUCGUAAAGAUUUCUCUACUUGGUGGAAAGGUGCAUGGAAAACUGCAGUAAAAUUCCCAAGUAAAGGUACUAUUUUCGAUUACUAUGUUGACUAAUCUGGAGAUUCUUCUAAAUUCGUUGAAUGGAGUAAGAGAUUAGAAAAUAAGGAAUUUGAUCCUUAAGUCGAAACUAUGGGUAAUAUAACAGUUAACACUAUCGAAACUCUUGCUACUACAGAAUUUAUUAAGUCUUACUUGAUGGUAAAACACCCUUCUCUUCUUAUAGGUAACUCUGGUUGUGGUAAGACUCAACUUGCUAAGGGUAUUCUCAAAGAAAUUGUGCAAGCAAAGCCUGAAAACUAUGCUUAUUAGUUAAUCAAUUUCAACUAUUACACAGAUUCAACUUAUCUUUAGGGUUAAAUUGAACAAACUUUAGAAAAGAAAGCUGGUCGUCAAUAUGGUCCCCCAGGUAAAGUCCAAUUAAUUUACUUCAUUGAUGACUUGAAUAUGCCUUAACUUGAUGCCUAUGAUACUCAAACUGCUAUUGCACUUCUUCGUUAAUUAGCUGAUUAUGGCCACUUCUAUGAUGUUAGUAAGCUUGCUCUUAAGGAUAUCAUUAAUACAUAAGUACUUGCUGCUAUGAAUCCUUCAGCUGGUUCUUUCUUUGUUAAUCCUCGUUAUUAGCGUCAUUUCUGGACUAUUUCUAUUCCAUUCCCAGACAAUGAAUCACUUUCACUAAUUUAUAUUACAUUCCUUAAUGGUCACUUAAAGAGAUUCAAAUCUACCAUUUAAGAAUACUCCAAUAUCAUAGUCCGUGCCUCAUUGAUGCUUCACUAAGCUGUUACCUAAAAUUUCCGUAAAACAGCUAUCAAUUUCCACUAUGAAUUCAACCUUCGUCAUAUGUCCAAUGUAUUCUAGGGUCUUCUUCUUUCUGAUCCUAACAAAUUUACUGAACCUGAUAAAUUAAUUAAGCUUUGGAUCCAUGAGUGUGAACGUACAUAUGGUGAUCGUUUGGUUUCUACUGAUAACCUUAAGACUUAUAAAGAAAAUAUUUUUGAUAUUGUUAAAAAGUCCUUUUCUAAAUUCAACUUCUCACGUUACUUUGGUAAUAACCCAGAAAAUCUCAUUUAUUGCAACUUUAUAGCAGGUAUAAACUCUGAUCGUUUCUACGACUAAAUGCCUAACAAUGAAAUGGAAAAGCACAUUUCUGAAGCUCUAAAGGAAUACAAUGAUAACAAUGCUUUUAUGGGUCUUGUCCUUUUCGAAGAUGCUAUGAAGCAUGUUUGCAGAAUAUGCCGUAUUGUUCUUCCUUCUUCAGGACAUGCUUUACUUGUAGGUGUUGGUGGUUCUGGUAAGUAAUCUCUAUCUAAAUUAGCUUCAUUCAUUAUGGGUUAUACAACUUUCUCUAUCACAAUUUCUGCUACCUACUCCAUGGUUGAUCUUCGUAAUGAUUUAUAAUAAUUAUACUUCAAGUGUGGUCCUAAAGAAGAAGGUAUUCUUUUCCUCUUUACUGAAGGUUAAAUUACUAAUGAACGUUUCCUUGUGUACAUUAACGAUCUUCUUUCCUCUGGUGAAAUUGCUGAACUUUACACACUUGAUGAAAAAGAAGCCAUGAUCAACUAAGUCCGUGCAAAGGUUAAGGGUGAGGGUAAACCUGAUACUCGUGAAAACUGUUGGAAUUGGUUUAUUGAUCAAGUUAAAAAGAAUCUCCACAUGGCUAUUUGUUUCUCUCCUGUUGGUGAUAUGCGUCGUCGUGCUCGUUAAUUCCCUGCUCUUGUUAAUUGUACUGUUAUCGAUUGGUUCUAACCUUGGCCUUAUGAGGCACUUUUCAAUGUCGCUAAAUCUUUCCUUGAACCAGUUGAUUUAGGUGAUGAUAAGGUACGUGAAGCCGUCGUUAAAUUCAUGCCUUUCUCUUUCACUCUAGUCAAUGAUUUGGGUCUUAAACUUCUUGAAUAAGAACGUCGUUAUGCCUAUACCACUCCUAAAUCUUUCCUUGAACUUAUUUCCUUAUUCACAAAUAUGCUUGCUUAAAAACGUGAGUCUCUAGAAAGAAACAAGGAACGUUAUGAAACAGGUCUUGUAAAACUCAAAGAAACUGCUGAAUAAGUCGCUAUUAUUGAAGUUGAAGUCAAAGAAAAGUAAGUAGAAGCUGAAGCUAAGAAGAAAGAAGCUGAUGCCUUCGCAGAAGUUGUAGGUCGUGAAAAAGAUAAAGUAGAAAAAGAAAAUUCUAAAGCCACAAUUGAAGCAGAUAAGUGUGGUCUCAUUAAAUAAAAUGUAGAAGCUCAAAAAUCCUCUACCUAAUAGGAUCUAGAUGCAGCCCAACCUCUUGUCGAAUAAGCCAAGUCUGCUCUUAACUCUAUUUCUAAAAAAGAUUUCUAAUAAGCUAAAUCUUUUGCAAGUCCUCCUGCAGGUGUGCCAGAAGUGUUUGCUGCUACAAUUUAUCUCCUUGCUGGUUAUUUCAAUGAAGCUAUUGAAAUUGAUAAGAACAAAAAGCCUAAGGAUGUCUCAUGGAAGAGUUCCUUAAAGCUGAUGAAGUCCCCUGAAGAAUUUAUGGAAAAAUUACUCAAUUUCAAGGAUGUCGUAGAUGCAAACUAAGUUCCUGCAGCUAAUGUCAAUAUUGUAAAGAAUCAAUAUCUCAAUAUGCCUUCUUUCACUCCUGAAUAGAUGGCUUCAAAGUCAGCUGCUGCCAAGGGUAUUUGUUCUUGGGUCGUUAAUAUUGUUAAAUAUUACGAUGUUAUUUAAGAUGUUGAACCUAAGCGUAAAGCUCUUAAGGAAGCUACAGAAUAACUUGAAGAAGCUACUGUUAAGCUUAAUGAAGUCGAAGAAGUUGUUAGAAAGCUUAAUGAAGAAUUGAAUAAGCUUAAAGCUGAAAACGAUAAGGCUAUUGCUGAAAGAAAUGCAGCUAUUUCAGAAGCUGAAAGAUGUGCCAGAAGACUUAAUUUAGCAUAAAGAUUAGUAACAGCUCUUUCCAGUGAAAAUGAACGUUGGGGUAAAUCUAUCAUUCAAUUAGAAGAUUAACUCAAACUUAUGGUUGGUGAUGUCCUCGUUGCCUCUUCUUUCGUCAGUUAUUCUGGUCCUUUCAACAAGAAAUUCCGUAAUAUUAUGAUUAACCAGAACUUCAUGAAAUUCAUGAAAGAGCAUACCAUUCCUAUGUCUCCUGAUCCAAAUCCUAUUAAAAUUUUAACUGAUGAAUCAACCAUCGCUCUUUGGAACAAAUAAAAACUUCCAAGUGACUCUGUCUCUAUAGAAAAUGGUACAAUUCUCACAAACUCUGCAAGAUAUCCUUUGAUGAUUGAUCCUCAAUUAUAGGGUAUUACUUGGAUUCGUGAAAAGGAAAAAGCAAACAACUUGAAGAUCCUUCGUCUUGGCUCAAAGAAUAUUAACAGAGAUCUUGAAUUAUCCAUUGAAAAUGGUUACUCUGCCAUCAUCGAAAAUAUGAAUGAACGUAUUGAUGCUAUAUUGAUGCCUAUUAUUGCACGUUCUUUCAUUAAGAGAGGUAAAAAUAAAAUUAUUAAAUUCGCUGGUAAAGAUUUGAUCCUUCACCCCAACUUCAAACUUUUCCUCCAUACCAAACUUUCAAAUCCUCACUAUCCUCCUGAAAUUUAAGCAGAAGCUGCUCUUAUUAACUUCACUGUCACAGAAGCUGGUUUAGGAGAUUAACUUCUUUCUUUGGUCGUAGCUCGUGAACGUCCUGAUUUAGCUAAAAUGAAGAUUGAACUUAUCACUCAACAAAAUGAUUUCAAGAUUAAAUUGAAAGAUCUUGAAGAUGAAUUAUUAUACAAGCUUGCUAAUGCUAAGGGUGAUAUUCUUGAUGAUAUUGAAUUGAUUGAAAAUCUUGAAUAUUCUAAGAAGCUUUCAGUAGAAAUUGCUGAAAAAGUUGCAGCUGCAAAGAUUACUGAAGCUAAGAUCAAUGAAACUUCUGAAAAUUACAGACCCGCAGCUUCACGUGGUGCUCUUUUCUAUUUCUUACUUUCAGAUUUGUCAAAGGUUCACUCUUUCUACAAAUACUCAUUAGAAUCUUUCAUCGUUGUCAUCAAUCGUGCUAUUGAUGCUAUUUCUGAAAAUAAGAUUUACGGUAAAACUACAAUGGUUCCAUAUGGUGAUGAAACCUAUGCCUCAAAUUAACAUGAAAAAGAAGAAGAAGAAGAGGAAGAAGAACAUUAAUAAGCUCAAUAAUAAUAGAAUUAAGAAGAAUAAUAAGAAUAAAAGGAUGAAGAAAACAAAGGACCAGUUGAAGAAGAAUAGCCUGAAGGAGAAAAUAAAGGGCCAGUAGAAGAAGAAGGAGCUGAAGGUUAAAACGAAGGUCCUGUAGAAGAAGAAAAUGCUGAAAACUAAGAAGGAGAAGGUGAAGAAGAAGGAGAAAAACAACAAAAGGCAAAAGAUUCUGAUGAGCCUAUGAGUCCCAGAUCUUUGAAGAAGCGUGUUGACGAACUAAUUGAAUCACUUACUUACACUGCAUAUCAAACCACUCGUCGUGGUCUAUUUGAAAGCCAUAAGCUCAUUGUUGCAGCUAUGCUUUGUCUUAGAGUUUUAUUGCGUUCAGAAGAACUUAAUUCAGAUGAAGUUGAUCACCUCAUCAUUGGUAAAGUCGAUGUCAAUCCUACUCCUAUGCCUGAUGCUCUUAAAUCAUUCUUGAACGAUAAUAUUUGGGCUGCUUGCAAGGCUCUUGAAACUAUUCAUCAAUUCUAAGGUUUCUGCUAAUCUCUUGAAACUGAUGUUUUGUAAUGGAAGAAGUGGUACAGUGAAGAAAAGGCAGAAACAGCUGAUUUACCUAAGGCCUUUAAGGAAUUAUCAAAGUUCCACAGAUUACUUCUUUUACGUGCUUUACGUCCUGACAGACUUCCAUCUGCUUUGAGCUAAUUCGUUCAUGAUAAGAUGGGUGAAAGAUAUAUUGAAUAACCUCCUUUCAAUAUCUUUGAAACAUUCUAAGAAACUUCCAAAACAGUACCCAUUUUCUUCGUACUUUUCCCUGGUGUUGAUCCUACACCUGAUGUUGAAAGAGUCGCAGCUACUUUUGAUGUUUCCGCAAAUAACGGCCGUUUCAUUAAUAUUUCUAUGGGUCAAGGUUAAGAAGAUAGAGCUAAAAAGGCUCUCUUUGAUUGUGCUUAAAAAGGACACUGGAUUAUGCUUUAAAAUGUACAUCUUAUGCAAAGUUGGUUGUAUGGACUUAAUGGUCUUGAAGGUUUCCUUGAGAGUGUGUUUGCUUCACCUAAAACUCAUCCUAAUUUCCGUGUCUUCAUUUCUUCCGAACCUCCUAAUGUCUUACUUCCUCUUAUGUAAAUUAUUCCUGAAUCUAUUUUACAAGGAUCUCUCAAGAUUGCAAAUGAAGCUCCUUAAUAUUUAAAGGCUAACCUCCGUCGUGCCUAUAAUAAAUUCGAUCAAGAAUUCUUAGAUAAAUGUGAUAAGAAACCAACUGAAUUUAAGUCUUGUCUCUUCGCUCUUUGCUUCUUCCACAGUCUUAUGCUUGGACGUAAGAAAUUCGGUACUUAAGGUUGGUCAAGAGUAUAUAACUUCAAUGAUGGUGAUCUUACAAUUUGUGCAGACGUACUCUACAAUUAUCUUUCUAAGUAUGACUAAGUACCUUGGGAUGAUUUACGUUACAUUUUCGGUGAAAUUAUGUAUGGUGGUCAUAUUACAGAUGAUUGGGAUAGAAGAACAAAUAGAACAUAUUUGAAGGUAUUGAUUAGAUCUGAAUUGCUUCAAUAAAACUUCAACUUAGCUCCUCAAUUCAAGUCACCUGAUCCCAGUAAAUUUGAUUAUGAAGCAUAUAGAAAAUACAUAGAAGAAAAAUUACCAAUUGAAUCUCCUUAAAUGUUUGGUAUGCAUCCUAACGCUGAAAUUGGUUACUUAACAUAGACUUGCGACUAGGUCUUUAAUACCAUCCUAGAAGUCCAAGGUGGUUCUUCAGGUGGUGGUGCUUCUAAAAAGGAUGAUGGUGUCAUGGUUACUUUAACUGACUUUAAGACAAGAUGCCCUCACGAUUUCAAUAUGCUUCUUAUUGAAGAAAAGGUUAAAGAAAAAACUCCUUAUAUUGUUGUUUGCUUACAAGAAUGCGAACGUAUGAAUGGACUACUUAAAGAAAUAAAGACUUCAUUGGAAGAUCUCCGUCUUGGUUUAACAGGUGCACUUAACAUGACAGAUGCUAUGGAAAGCUUACAAUAAUCACUUUCUUUCAACAAGGUUCCAGACACUUGGGAAAAGAAGGCUUAUUUCUCUAAAAAACCAUUAUCUUCUUGGUUUGCUGAUCUUAUUGAAAGAAAUAUAUAACUCUAAGAAUGGUGUAAAGAAUUGGUUACUCCUACCUCUUUAUGUAUUUCAUAUCUAUUCAAUCCUAUGUCUUAUCUUACUGCUAUUAUGCAGUUCACAGCAAGAGCUUAGGGAUUACCUCUCGAUGGUAUCACUAUCUAAACUAACGUUACUGCUAUGAAGGGUCCUGAAGAUGUUGUAAAUCCAGCUGAAAAUGGUGCUUACAUUCACGGUCUCUUCUUAGAAGGAGCUGCUUGGGAAAUUGGUGGUUAAGGACAAGAUGGUUACUUAAUUGAACAAAAACCAAAAGAGUUACAUCCUAAGAUGCCAGUUAUAAAUGCAGUUGCAGUUCCUCUUGAUAAAAAGAAGAAGAAUGGUUAAUAUGACUGCCCAACUUAUGUUACUUCUGCCAGAGGUCAAACAUUUGUAUUCACUGCUAACUUAAAUAUGGAAAGUGAUGAUUCUGACCCUAAUAAGUGGAUUCUCUCAGGUACUUGCAUGCUUAUGAGUGAUGAUUGA